CCGAAAAAUCGCGAUAAAUCACUGAAAAAUCACCGAAAAAUCUCUGAAAAAUCGCAGAAAAAUAACCCAAAAAUCACCAAAAACUUACCGAAAAAUCGUGAAAAAUCACUAAAAAAUCUCGCAAAAAUUACAGAUAAAUCACCGACAAAUCCGCUUUCCCCCGCCGGUGCCGCGCCCGCCGCCGCCAUGGCGCCGGCGCGCGGCCGCGGUGGCAGGAUCCCCCCGUGCGUCCCCAAGCGCCGCUUCCCGCCCGGCUACUCCGACUCGCUGCUCUUCCUGUGCGCGCGCCGCCUGGUGGCCCGGCCACCGCUGCCGCCGCCGCCCGCCCACCUCUACCCCGUCCUCUUCCAAGCCGCCUUCUUGGACGGGCGGCCGCGGGUCCUCGGCGACCUGGUGAGCUCCUGGCCCUUCCCGGCGCUGCACCUGCGGCGCCUGCUGGGCCGCCAGGAGCUGCUGAGGGACCAGCCCUGCAAGCUCUGCCUCCAGGCCCUCGUCCUGGCCCUGGUGGCCACGCUGCGCCGGCAGCUGGAGGAGCCCGGCCGCCGCCCCAGCUCCUGCCGCCUCCGCGUGCUGGACAUGACGGGAGUCCCGGACGAUCCCUCGGGCCGCAUUCCGGACGGGAUGGACGCGCCCUGGUCGGGCACGGUGGCUUUGGCCAAGGCUUGCCUGGAGCUCUCCAAGCACCAGCGGGAAUUCCAACGCCGCGGAUCCAAGCGGCACAAAGAAUCGGCCGUCGGGAUCCGCUGCCUGGCCGGGCAGCUGGGAAUGCUGCCCGGCCUCCGCGAGCUCAACCUGGGAUCCUCCCGCCUCUCCGGGAACCUGCGCCAGAUCCUCGGCGAGCUCCGCGCUCCGUUGGAAAGCUUGGAAUUGGCCUUCUGCUCGCUGCUCCCCGCCGACCUCGCCUUCCUGUCCCGCAGCCGCCACGCGCCGGCCCUCAAGCGCCUGGACCUGAGCGGCCACGACUUCUCGCGGGCGCUGCUGGAGCCGCUGCGGCUGCUCCUGGAGGAGACCUCGGCCUCGCUGCUGCACCUGGAGCUGACGGAAUGCCGCCUGGCCGACGCGCAGCUGGCCGCGCUGCUGCCGGCGCUGCGCCGCUGCCGCCGCCUGCGCUUCCUGGGCCUCCACGGCAACGCCCUGUCCACGGCCGCGCUGCGGGAGCUGCUCCUGCGCACGCUGGAGCUGCCGGAUCUCCGCCUCGUCGUUUAUCCCUUCCCGGCCGACUGCUACAAGCCGGAAGCGCCGCGCCGCGUGCCGGGCUCCCGGCGCGUCUACGAGGAGCCCAUGGACGGUCACCGCUUGGCGGCCGCCGCCGCCGAGAUCUCCCGAACGUUGGCCGAUUCCGGCCGGGCCGACCUCGUGUGGACUUACAACCCCUACGGCCACGCGGCUCUGGACUACUUCUCCUUGUGAGGCGGGAAGAACCUCGGAAGCGACGGC